GUGUGUGUGUGUGCGUGCGUGCGUGUAUGUGUGAGGAGAACAGAGAAAGAUGAGGUCAAGCCGCCUUGCCUGCGCAGUGUGCUGUGUGUAUCGAAUGUGCCUUAAGAUCAUGAUACUGUAUGGCUACAGAAGGAUGCCAUCGUCACAAACAGAGAGGUCUGAAUGAGUAGCCAACAUAUUCCGUUGUGUUUCCCACAGAAGGUGUCUAUGACAGAGCUUAUAAUAUUUAGUUUUUGUAGAGAUGUAAAUCUGUUCUUGUUUUAUUAUCAUUUUUGUUGUUGCUUUUUGUUGUGCCUUUUGUUUGGCUAGGCUGUUUUACUUUGGCUAGGCUGUUUUACUUUAACUUUUUUUUACUUUUUGCAGUCCUCUUGAAACUCUGAACAUACAAAACUUUGAUACCUUUUUUUUUGUGGCUGACUAUAAUGUGUUCAAUUUGAACACGUGUUUUACAUGAGAAUUCUCCAAGUUUUUGUCAGUUUUCUCAAAUGUAUAAUGAAUGACAUAGAUUUUCUCACAAUUAAUUUACAAAAAUGUUUUGCUUAAAUGCUAAAUAAUUUUUGCAUCAGGUUUGUUAAUAGUAUUAUUUUUCAGUAUUGCUGCUGUUGCUCUUUGUAUAAUGGCUGCAUAUUGCAGUGUACAUUUACUGUAACUUACCAAAGUAAAGAAAACAACAUGUUCUAAUGCAGUAUUAGUUUUGGGACUGAAGGUUUGUUAAGUAGUCCAUGGGCCAGUGAAAAACGUAGUCCACUUUGGGGUGGUAAAGGUUGAACAAAUAUAUAUGAUACCCACUCCAAAAGAGUAGCUUUCUAUGCUUUUCACACCUUUAUAUGUCUUGUUGUAUGGGAGUCUAUGCAAUAGAAUGUUUGCAGGCUGAUAAUUACAUUUUAAGGCAAGUUGGAACGUUCACAUGCUCAUUGAAAAUGACUGUAUCAAACAACAAUGGAACAUUCUAUUGGGUGGAUCUCAUCGUAAAAACACGGUAUUUGGUACAUUUUUGCCAUCUCUUCGAAAUGAUUUACCUAGACUGACUCAUUGUUGAAACAACACUGUUACAAAUAGCGGAACUAGAUAUUUCUAUACUUCCCAUUCUGUCUUGAUAUACCCCAAAAUGCAUACAUUUAUGACCUUUGACCCCCGAAAGAUGGGACCAAAGAGACGUCAUUACCAUUCCAGUUGUUUCAUACCUUAAUAUAUUGUAUUAUGAAGUUAAUAACAUAUAAAAUUCCCUUCGUUUGAAAAGAUUGUUCCCAGAUAAUACAACAUUAUUUCAUACCAUCAAUCCUGUGGGCCCAACGAACCACAUAGGGGUCAAAACACAAAAUGCACACAUUUACCUACCGCAGAAUCAUGGGUAUCAUACCAACGUGUAACCCACUGACAUCAUUAGACUUUGCCACCCCAAAGUAGACAAAUAUGUGAAAUUUGGCCUGCUGGCCCGUGGACUAUUUACUUAACCCCAAAUGCAAGCUUUUGUAUAUUUCAUUUUCAAGAGAAGGAUUGUGUAAACGUGUGUUUUUGGAGCAGGAUGUGUUGUAAAUAACCCCACUUUUUUUUUACGACUAUAUACUAAAUUUGUAUUUAAAGUUAUUGUAUCUAGAAAAAUACAUAAUUAAAGUGAGCUGAAGUCAAGUCGGUGCUGCUUUGUUGCUCGGUUUGCUCUAGGUUUGUGUUCGGUCUCGAGCCUUGACCUGAUAGGAAAGUCAGUGUACAUGUUGCUAGGCAACGAGAAGCUAUCUGAACGACGGUGUUUUCACGCGAAUUCCGCUCAUACAAGGACAAAACUACCUAAAAGUGCGUCAGUUUGUAUCUAAUGCUAGCUAGCUACUUCUAAAGUCAACUAUUAGUUUGUGAUUGGUGCACACCGAAAAUGCCGUUCAGCGCCGAGGCCAUUAAGCCGCCCCUUCAUGACCAAAUAACAGAACUGCAGAGGAAAAUUCAACUUCUUGAGGGCGACAGAAGUGCAUACUAUGAAAUGUCUCAGUCAAGCAUCAAGAAAAACAGGAAUUCUAUCCUUCAGCUGAGGCAGGAGAACAAGAGACUACACAAGAAGUUGGCAAACGCUCUUGCUGGGGACGAGCAGGUGAUAAAGGAGGCCUUCCAAAGCCGAGGCAUGGAGAAAGCUGCCUUCAGAAACAUGUCAGGGAAGGCUGCUCUCAAGGUGCUGGACCAGAAGGUGUGUGACAAGAUGAAGAAGCUGAACGCUCUAAAGCACACCACCCAGACGUACCGUCGUCGCCUGGAGGACCUAAAGACACUGUACCAGAGUAUGAAGCUAGAGAACAGGGGACCAGAGAGAGACACGGAGAGACUCAACGAGGAGGCCAAGAGUGAAGGAGAGGCGGCUGAGGACCAUCCCCAAAAGAACUUGCGGGUGCUGGAGAAUCGUCUGGAGAAAGCCCAGCUGAAGUGCCAGGAGGCUGAACACAUCAUGAGGGGCUAUCUGAAACUAAAGGCCCACCUACAGGAGGAGAGCCUGACCUUCCAGUCCCAGCUGGAUAAACUAGAGGCUGAGAUCCUGAGACAGAGACAGGAGCUGAAGGACCUGCAGGUCAUGAACAGUGACGCACUCCUCUCCAAAGACACUGCCAAGGCAGAGCUGCAGCGUCAAGAAGAACAGAUGUACAGGGAGAGGAAGGACAGAGAGUGUAUCCUCACCCGUUACAAGAAAGAGGCAGAGGACCGUAAAGCCCAGGCUGAGAGAGUGGAGAGAAGGGCCCAGCGGGCAGCCUUGCAGCCUGACGAGCUGAGUAGCGACGCCCAGCGCAGUGCCACCGGGCUGGGGGAGGAGGAGAGGGCCAUCUCUACCUUCGAAGAGGCCUUCAGACGCAUCAAGGAGGCCACGGGGGUCACUGACACACGGGAGGUGGUGGAGAGGUUCAUCUCCCAGGGAGACACCCAGCAGCACCUGGAGGAUCUGAAGAAGGAGAACCAGAGAACCCUGCUACAGCUGAAGGAGGACAGGGACCGUCUGCAGCAACACUUCCAGGACAUCAAGUACUCCGGGGAGACCAAGCUCUCUAGUGGUCAGCAGAUGCUGGAGGACUGUAAGCGCCACUUGCAGGCGGAGCAGGGGAGACGCGACGCCGCCAAGGAGCGUCUGGACUGGCUGACCCGUACCCUGAACACGGUCCGGGCCGGGGUGGAACACCUAUCUGACAAACUGCAGCACAUCAAGCUGGGUGAGGGCCCGGAGCCCCAGCUGCCCCCCGGCUCAGAGGAGUACGUGGUGGAGCUGCUGUCCCAGUCAGAGCAGAAGCUGCUGUUACUGCAGGAGGAGCUCCAGGGGAAGGACCUGGCCGCCGCCAUGAAGGAGAUGGAGGAAGAGGAGUUCCAUGCCAGCAUCGAGGGGAAACUGCCCCAUUGCAACACCCGCAUCAAGCUGCCUGAGGCUCAGAGACAGGACCCAUAUGAUGAAGAGGAGGAGAGCGGGGACGAUGAGGGUGACAUUAUCACCAGGGCGAUACUGAAGCACCAGUCUCAGCUCAUCAUCGACUCCAAGACUAAGAGGAAGACCAGGACCAAGAAGAAAAAGGGCAAGCUCUGAUCCUAGAUGAGUUAGGCUGGCUAGAUGUCACAAGAGCCAUAGAAAUAUAAUUGCUAGAAUGGGCAUGUCAGCUUUGGUAAUUAUAUUUCUAUGACGAGAGCAGCCAUGAGUUUGUGUUUAGUGUGAGGUCAUAGGUCAUAUUUGUGCCCUGAAUUGAGUGAAAAUACCUUUGCUUAGAUGGCAUAGGGGACUUGAGUGAAAUCUUACUCCUCACAUAUAAUUAUUCAGUUAGCUAAAUAAUUAUUUCCUUAUUAACUAAUGGAAUGCACAGUAAAUGUAUAUUUGGGAUGAUACUGUAGCUAGGGGAACAUGGUGGUGGCAGAUCAUACCUUGCAGUCAUCACAUUAGCUACUUUAUGGAUGCAAGACUUGAUUUUAUCACAAAGCAGUUCAACACAAAAUAAUUGAUUUCCCACUAUCACCACUGAUUUGUAUAUUAUAAAAUUGUAAUCAAAAUAGGAAUGAAAAUCAAUAAAAAGCUUGAUUUGAAGAAUUACUCAAUCUUUGGAUAGGUAAGAUCGCUCUAAUGCAGGGGUGUCAAACACACAGCCCGUGGGACAUUUUCUUUUGUAUAAUAUAUAUAUAUUUUUUAUCUGCAUUGAAAUUACUUAAAUAUUGAAACUGUAGAAAUCAGGGCUUGACAUGAACCUUUUUAGCCUUUGGACAAGUAGGACAGAUGUUUUACUUGUUUACUGAAGUCACUUGUCCCCCCCAAAAAAGGUAUGUAACACAGGCCAAAAGGGUGACUGAAAAUGAGUGAAGUACACAUAUCCAUGGGAAUUAGGGGUGCUGAGGGUGCAGCAGCACCCCCUAAUAAAUCACAAUUAGUGAUUAAAUUAGUGCACUAGGCCUUUAUUACUCCUGUAUGAUUACUCCUGUAUCAUUACUGCUGUAUGAUUACUGCUGCAUGAUUACUCCUGUAUGAUUACUGCUGCAUGAUUACUGCUGUAUGAUUACUCCUGUAUGAUUACUGCUGUAUGAUUACUGCUGUAUGAUUACUGCUGUAUGAUUACUGCUGCAUGAUUACUGCUGCAUGAUUACUGCUGCAUGAUUACUGCUGUAUGAUUACUGCUGUAUGAUUACUGCUGUAUGAUUACUCCUGCAUGAUUACUGCUGUAUGAUUAUUGCUCUCCUCACAACUGGAUAACUACACACUGAUUCACAUCUAGGCUACUUACUAUAUGCCAGUAUGUGUUGUAGGUAGGUUUCACAUUGCUAGAAUAACAUGGAAAUAGGUCUAGGCCAGCUACGCAUCAUUUCUUUCACAAGCUUUCCUCAGCUGAAGCCUAAGUUUUCUUUUGACUCCUCAUUAUAUUUGUCCAUCUUUGUAUUGCUCAAUUUGAGUUCUUGUGGCCUAAAAUAUAUGUAAUUCAAAAUAAAUCUAAGAAUGAGAAUA